CUGAAUCCCCUGCUACCCUUAUCCUCCUCUCCUUCUCAAAACCCUACUGCCAUUUCACAUAUACUUUCUCUCUGUGUUUGAUUUGAGUUUAUAUAUAACAAUGUCUUGUACCAUUAAUUCUCUAUUCAAAACUUUAUCUAUGUCAAAUGGCUGUUUACUUUCAGCUCCAUCGGUUUUCAGUACAAGGGCUUCCAGACCCAUCAAUCUUCGGCUACUAUAUUCAUCUUCUUCGAUAAUUCCAAAGUCACUUUUGCUCAAGAAGAUUAUACGUCCUUCGCAACUAGUGACCUUUGUUUCUCAGACCUCGGAUUGGGCUCAACAAGAUGACAACACAACAGUUGUUAAGGAAAAAGACCAAGAGGAAGAAGAAGAAGAAGAAGAAGGUUUAUGGGAAAACGAGAGUUCACCUGAGGAUGAGGUUUCGGAUUACGAUGGGGGAGUUGAAGAUGCCGGUGUGAGUGUACCCGAGGAGUCUUAUCGGGAACCUCCUGAAGAUGCUAAAAUUUUCGUUGGAAAUUUAUCUUACGAUAUUGACAGUGAAAAUCUUGCUAAUUUGUUUGAUAAGGCAGGCGUAGUUGAGGUUGCUGAGGUUAUCUAUAACAGGGAGACUGAUCAGAGCCGUGGUUUCGGUUUUGUGACUAUGAGCACAGUUCAGGAAGCAGAAAAGGCUGUAGAGUUGUUCAAUAGUUAUGAGCUAGACGGGAGGUUGUUGACUGUAAACAAGGCUGCUCGAAGAGGAGAAAAGCCGGAGCGUGUAACUCGUUCAUUUGUUCAAUCCUCACCUAGGAUAUAUGUUGGGAACUUGCCAUGGAGUGUUGAUAGUGGGCGGCUUGAGCAGGUUUUCAGUGAACAUGGUAAGGUGGUGGAUGCUAGGGUAGUUAUCGAUAGAGAAAGUGGGCGUUCAAGAGGUUUUGGUUUUGUGACAAUGUCAAAUGAAGAUGAAAUUAAUGAUGCAAUUGCUAACCUUGAUGGACAGAGCUUGGAUGGGAGGACAAUUCGGGUGAAUGUUGCUCAGGAAAGGCCGAACCGCAGGUUUUGAUUGGAGAUGAUGAAUGUGAAGUGUGAAAUUCAAUUGCUUCUUAGUAUGUUUCUAUGUUUUCUCCUAGUUAGGAUUUUAUUAGUUAGUAGAUGUUUGCAUAUUGUGUCAUAUUCUUAUACUACAAGUUCCUAGUUUGCCUAUAGGCAACAUUGAGUUUCCAUUUUUAUA